AUGGUCACAUCACUCGCUACAGCCGCCUCGGCGGCGCUCCUCCUCAUAGGAAGCCUGCCCGCCGCCAGCGCGCAAGUCUACAGCAUCGACAGCAAAGACAACAUCAAGUCCGCCGCCAAAAACCUCGCCUACGACCUGAUGAAGUUCUACAAGGGCAACGAGUCCGGCGAGAUCCCCGGUAUCCUGCCCGGCCCGCCCACCGAGCACAAGGGCGACUACUACUGGUGGGAGGGCGGCGCCAUGAUGGGCACCUACAUGGACUACUGGAAGCUCACCGGCGACUCGACCUACAACGACCUUAUCAUGGAGGGCAUGCUGCACCAGACCGGCCCCAACGCCGACUACAUGCCCCCGAACCACACCGCCUCCCUCGGAAACGACGACCAGGGCUUCUGGGGCAUGUCCGCCAUGCUCGCCGCCGAGAACAAGUUCCCCAACCCGCCCGAGAACAAGCCCCAGUGGCUGGCCCUCGCCCAGGCCGUCUGGACCACCCAGGCGAGCCCCGAUCGUCACGACACCACCUGCGGCGGUGGCCUGAGAUGGCAGGUGCCCUUUUCCAACGCCGGAUACAACUACAAGAAUACCAUCGCAAACGGUUGCUUCUUCAACAUCGGCGCCCGCCUGGCCCGCUACACCAACAACGCGACCUACGCAAAGUACGCCGAGGAGACCUGGGACUGGCUCUGGAGCGUCAACUACAUUGAUCACGAGAACUGGAAUGUCUACGACGGAGGCCACGUCGAGCACAACUGCACCGACGUCAACAAGCAGCAGUUCUCCUACAACGCCGCCAUCCUGACCCAGGGCGCCGCCUUCAUGUACAACUACACCAACGGCUCCGACCUCUGGAAAGGCCGCAUCGAGAAGAUGACCGAGUCCCUCUUCAUCAACUUCUUUCCCAACAACACCGCUUACGAGCUCGCCUGCGAGGGCCGCAAGGGCCAGUGCACGCCCGACAUGUUGUCCUUCAAGGGCUACGUGCACCGCUGGCUCGCCGUCGUCACGCAGGUCGCGCCCUUCAUGAAGCCGACCAUCGACCCGGUCCUCAAGACCUCCACCGCCGCCGCCGUCAAGCAGUGCACCGGCGGCGCCACGGGCCGCGUGUGCGGCUUCUACUGGAACGACGGCGUCUUCGUCGACCCGGCCACCGACAAGACCUCCGGCGCCGGCGAGGCCAUGAACGUGCUCGCCGCCGUGUCGAGUCUGCUCAUCGACGAUGCCGCGCCGCCUGUGACGAACUCGACCGGUGGUAUCUCGGCGGGCGACGUGAAUGCGGGAAGCAACUCCAAGGACCGCAUCGAGCAGGAGCCGAUCACGACGGCGGACAAGGCCGGCGCGGGUAUCUUGACGUUUAUGGUGCUUGCAGGCGGCCUGGGCACGUGGGGAUGGAUGAGCUUCGUCGAUUAA